GUGAACCAGGACAAGAUCACUGCAAACCGCCCAGGGGCUCCAGAACUGAACUUCGUCGUCCGGUGCGACCGUGCCAAGCACGCGCCGCCUCGGAAACAAGCGGCGCCGGUGGGGUCGCCAGGACGUCCGCCCCGCGGUCAUUGCCACCCAUUCCAGCGUCUCCGCCGGGAUUUGGCAGCGAGUUCAUUUUAUGUGCCGGACAAAUCCUUUCUCCAGGCCCCCGUCCCUCCCUCCCUGCUUCUUCCCGGCUCCAUCCCCGCGGCUCGCCGCCCCGCCCCAGUCCGGCCGCGCCGCGAGCUCGGUCACCCCCGCGCGCCCGGGCGCAAGCCCUCUCCGCCCCGGCCGCCCUCCGGCUGGCUCCCAGCGCGCGGGGCAGCCGGAGCCCCGCCAAGCUGCCUGCUGGGCGCCAGGGCUCGCACCCCUCGGCCAUGGGCUCCCGCGCCGCCCCCUGCACCCCCUUCGCCGGCGCCGCGCUAGGGCGCUGCAGCCUCCUCCUCCUACCGCUGCUGUUGUUGCUGCUGCUCCGACCCGGGCACGCGUGCCCCGCGGGCUGCGCCUGCACCGACCCGCAUACGGUGGACUGCCGCGACCGCGGGCUGCCCAGCGUACCCGACCCCUUCCCGCUGGACGUGCGCAAGCUGCUGGUGGCAGGCAACCGCAUCCAGCGGAUUCCCGAGGACUUCUUUAUCUUCUAUGGAGACCUGGUCUACCUGGACUUCAGAAACAACUCGCUGCGCUCACUGGAGGAGGGCACGUUCAGCGGCUCGGCCAAGCUCGCCUUCCUGGACCUCAGCUACAACAACCUGACCCAGCUGGACGCGGGAGCCUUCCGCUCGGCUGGGCGACUCGUCAAGCUGAGCCUGGGUAACAAUCACCUGGUGGGCGUGCACGAGGCCGCCUUCGACACCCUGGAGUCGCUGCAGGUGCUGGAGCUGAACGAUAACCACCUGCGCAGCCUCAGCGUGGCCGCCCUGGAUGCGCUGCCCGCGCUGCGCUCCCUGCGCCUGGACGGGAACCCCUGGCUGUGCGACUGCGACUUCGCCCACCUCUUUACCUGGAUCCAGGAGAAUGCUUCCAAACUGCCCAAAGGUUUGGAUGCCAUCCAGUGCUCCCUGCCCAUGGAGAAUCGGCGGGUAUCACUGCGCGAGCUGUCGGAAGCCAGCUUCAGCGAGUGCAAGUUCAGCCUGUCGCUCACCGACCUGUUCAUCAUCAUCUUCUCGGGCGUGGCCGUCUCCAUUGCCGCCAUCAUCUCCAGCUUCUUCUUGGCCACGGUGGUGCAGUGCUUCCAGAGGUGUGCCCCCAACAAAGACGCGGAGGACGACGAGGACGAUGAAGACGACUGAGCCGCCUCCCCCACUGGCCCCGCAGGCCAGCGCCAAACCAGUUGCUCCUCUCGAAGGAGAGAGGCGUCUGCUACAAACAUGAAAGCCUCCAUCGCUGUGCACUGGGUGGGGGACCAGAACACAGCGUCUGCAUGGUGGG